AUGGAACUUGACUUGGCGCUCCGUGUGGACGAACCACUCACCCUCACGGACAUAAGUACGCCACAAGAGAUUGCGAAGCAUGAGCGGUGGGAGCAAUCUAAUCACUUAAGUCUCAUGUUAAUGAAGUCUCACAUCAUUAAGGGCAUUAAGGGUUCUAUCUCAGAAUGCCAUAAGGCAACAGAGUUCAUCCAAGCUGUUGAGGAACAAUUUGUUAGUUCUGAUAAGGCAUUGGCAAGUAUUCUGAUGAAGAAGCUUUUAAGCAAAACCUUCGACAAUUCCAGAAGUGUGCGAGAGCACAUUAUGAAAAUGAGAGACAUGUCUGCUCAACUGAAGUCCAUAGAGGUUGAUAUAUCUGAGUCAUUUUCGGUUCAUUUCAUCUUGAACUCUCUCCCAUCUGAAUAA